GAGUGCACGCUGCUCCUUCUGCGAAUCUCUCGGCCAGGCCUCCCCCACCACCACCACCACCCCCACCCCGGGAACCAGGAUGGUGGCCCCGCAGGCCGCUGGGGCCCCCUGCAUGGCCGCUCUGCUGAUGCCCUUGGUGAUGCUGAGCUCCCCAUGGGCUCAGGGCAGAGACACCCCAGCGGUCCACGUGUAUCAGAGGAGGAGCGACUGCUACGAGUCCAACGGGACACACCGCUUCCUGGAGCGAUAUGUUUACAACAGAGACGUGUUCGUGCAGUUCGACAGCACCGUGGGCGUGUUUGUGGCUGUGACCGAGCUCGGGCGCUGGACCGCCAGGAACUGGAACAUCCAGAGGGAGUUCCUGGAGCUGCGGCGGGGCGCCGUGGACGCGGUGUGCAGACACAACUACGAGCUGGACAGGGCCUUCACCCUGGAGCGCAGAGUCCAGCCUAAAGUGAACGUGUCCCCCUCCAAGAAGGGGCCCCUGCAGCACCCCGACCUGCUUGUCUGCCACGUGACCGAUUUCUACCCCGGCCACGUUCAAGUCCGCUGGUUCCUGAAUGGACAGGAGGAAACGGCGGGGGUCGUGUCCACCAACCUGAUCCACAACGGGGACUGGACCUUCCAGAUCCUGGUGAUGCUGGAAAUGACCCCCCAGCAGGGGGAUGUCUACACCUGCCGCGUGGAGCACCCCAGCCUGGACAGUGCUGUCACUGUGGAGUGGAGACGACAAAGACCUCAGCCAAUAGGGCUGCGGAGCUGAUCGCAAGCAUCCUGUAGCCUUGGGACAGGAUUUCUGAUGCUUCUGAUGCCCAGAAACCUCCCCGCUCCAAAAGGACAUCGCAACGGAAUCGUGCCCCUGACGCCAGUCUCCGAGUCCCUGCACUUUACUUCAAUGUGCUGCCUCUUUCUCAAGUUCCCCAGUCUACUGGGUGCCCUUUCCUGGGGAACAUAAACCACCUAAAUCCAU